AUGGGGACCAUGGGCAAACAAUUCAUCACCACCAUAGCAGCCACCACGGCCAUCACAUCCCCACACAUUCCCAUCACCCUCACAGCCAUCAUCAUCACCACCAUAGUGGUCACCAGAGUGAACUUCACCAUCACCAUGGAGAGGCUCAUGGGCAUCGACACGGGGACCGUAAAAAUCUUGACAUUCAGCAUCACCAUGGACACCAACAGCCUAACCAUGGUGCUGACAGUCCAGACCAACAGCAUCACCAUAGUGAUCACCAUAGUCAAGAUAUAUUGCCACAUCAUGGAGAUAACAUCACUCCAGACCAUCAGCAUCAUCAUGGAGAUCUCCACAGUCAAGACGAUUGUCAUCAUAAAGACCAUCAUCAGCACAUUAGAGACCAUCAGCACCACCAAAGGGACCAAAACAGUCCAGACCACCAACAUCACCCUGAAGACAACCACAGCCUGGACUGUCAGCAUCACCACAAAGAUCAUAAGCAUCACCAUGAAGACCACCAAACUGAGUCACAUCACCAUAAAGGUCACCACAGUCCUGACCACUCACAUAAUACUGGAGAUCAUCAUCACCAUGGAGAUCAUCAUGCUCUAG